AUGGACCCGAUUUCGCAGCAGUCCGACACCCUCAUCAGGGAAGGCGAGCCCUCCAACCCGCGCCCCGACAACGACGUCAAGCCCAACUCAGCCGACGCCGUCACCAGUCCUGACGCCCCUCCAAAGCCCAAGGACGCCUCCAAACCCCAAGAAACCAAGGGAAAGAAUGCUAAGAAGAAGUCUAAAGGCAGCAAAGCGAAGAAGGACAAGAAGAAGAAAAAGAAGAAGCUGGCCGCGAUCAACGACUCCUCUGACUUUUCCUCCACCUCCUCCGACAACGACUCUACGGAGCCGGACUCGGAUAGCGACACCGCAGAUGAUGAGGUUGUCGUACGCCGCAAGCGCACAAACAAGAAGCGAGAGGAAGCCCCAAGGUUGAAGACAGUUUCGGCUACCAAGAAGCACAAGGGCUCCGUCAAGAGCAAGCUGAAGCUUCCUGCUGCUUCCGGCUCAGAUUCGGACUCGGACUCGGACUCUUCUCAGACCAGCUGGGACUCCUCCAGCGACGACGCGGAGGAUGCCGAGCCCCGCUUAGAUCGUCAGAAGAAGACCAAGGAUCAUCAACCCUUGAAGCAGGAUGUCGGACUCCAGGUGGCUAGGGAACUCCAGCGGAUCUUACAGCUUGCUCAAGCACGUGCUCCUCCUACUGCGGGUCUUUCUUCUCAUGGUGGUUUAGGGUCUGCCCUCGACUCUGGACUCACUCCCGGCCUGCUGCAAAAUUCGGGGAACAAUUUCCCUCGAUCAGCUGCGAUAGGAGGUUUGCCGGCCACAUAUCCCUCCAUGACCGGCGGGCGAGCUCGUCCCGCCUACGAUGAACGUUUGGCGCUUCUCGAUGGUUUAGGCGACCCACUGGGACGAGAUACUGGUCUUCUCAACCGCCGAGGCCGCCACGGCGGCCUGGGCCCUGACAAGAAACUGCCUGGUGGUGCAGCCGAUCCGCCAAAGCAGAAGUCCAAAAAGUACGACUUCAAGAGAGUCGACCAAGUGUGGGACAAUUCGAUUCACAACUUCAAGCUCCAGGACACAGCAGAGUCUGCCGCCGAUAAGAAAUACGACGGCUUCUGCUUCCACGUUCGCCGCACUUUUGACUGGGAAGGCAAGUACAAGGCCACAGUUGUGGAUGUCAAGAGCAAGGCUCUACGUGAAUGCCUCCAGGAUGUCAUAGGCAACAUCAAGGGUGUCAGUCUUGUGGACGAGACGCCCAAGAUUGACCCGAACGUGUUGUUCCUCUACCUUGAGGACCUGAGGAAGCAUGCAAAGCACCUCAAGAGGCAAGGGAAGAGCCCUUCGGCAACCGACAAGCAGGAACGGAAGAAGGAGGUCAAGUGGCUGGAGGAGAAGAGGCUCCAUCUCAAAGUUCUUGUAAAAUACAUUGAUAAGGACUACGAGCACAUCAAGAACAGCCUCUACCCAAUGUUGGAGCACGGGCUCAUCACGUUUGAUCUCCUUUGGGCAUUGUGGAAGCCUGGCACCCUCGCGUACACCACAACCUAUGGUUCACACGACGAGCCUAGGGUUUUCAAGGUUGACACGGCAGAGAAGCAUUACCAUAUCACUAAGGGUGAAUUUUACUACGUUGACGGCAAGUAUUUCGAGUACGAUGGCAAGCAGUUUGGGUACGGUCGCAUGAUGGAAGAGAUUGGCGACUUUCGCGGCGCCAAAAAGAUCACGAGCCUUAGUUCUUAUCCGCUCAAAUACCACAAGAACGAGGAACAGAUACGAAAGGACUUGAUCGAGCGAGGCAAGAAAUUUGCGUCUCUCAGUGGUGUCCACUACAAGUCGCAUCACGGAAUGGCGUACUACAAGAAGAAGAAAUCAAUCAUCAAGGUGAAUGUGAACGGUCGUGUGAUGAUUGAUCCAUCUAUCCACAGGCGAAUCAACCCCAACUAUCCGAUAUCUCUUGUCCGCCCUAAGGAGCAGGACGUCCUUACUGAAGAUGAAGAGUCCGAUGAGGAUGCCUGCUGUGCUGGGGGCUCUGACUCGGAGGACGAUGGGGCUCAAGACAAGGACCUCGAGGACGGAGAAGAGAGGGUCAAAUACGUCACAAAGGUCAUCAAGGACAACAAGGGACGACUGUGUGUUAUCCGCAUGACAAAAGAUGAGGCUGAGGAGAUGAACACGGAGAAGCUUUCCAAGGUUGAGAACCAGGAUGAUUCCGUCAUUGAUGGCAGCAGCGACGAAGGCAAACCACAGAGCUCCAAGAAGACCCCCGAGUGGACUGAUGAGGAGUACCUGAUUGCAAGCCCCGUCGUACUUGGCUUCUCCUUUGGAGAGAAGCUCUGGCUGGAGUUCACGGUCUCUGGGGUUCAGGAAAUUCGAUGGAAUGAGCAUGCUUAUGACUCUCUGGUCUUGGAGAAGAGAACAAAGGAGACGGUCAAGGCCCUCGUCGAAUCUCACAAGUAUCAUGCGACAGAGUCCAUCGACGAUGUGAUACAGGGCAAGGGUAAAGGCCUUGUUUCUGUCCUUCAUGGCCCACCAGGUACAGGCAAGACGCUCACUGCCGAGGGAAUAAGUGAGCUGUUGAAGUGCCCGUUAUACAUGGUCUCUGCUGGUGAGCUAGGCACCGACUCGCGCAUCCUUGAAGGCGAGCUGCAGAGAAUCCUUGACAUAUGCCACGCCUGGGGCGCAAUCCUGCUGCUGGACGAGGCGGAUGUGUUUUUGGAGAAGCGUAACAUGCACGACAUUCAUCGCAACGCCCUCGUCAGCAUCUUCCUGCGACAGCUGGAGUAUUUCCAAGGCAUCCUCUUCCUCACCACAAAUCGAGUGGAGACCUUUGAUGAUGCGUUCCAGUCGCGGAUUCACAUUGCCCUGCGGUACGAUCCACUCGACCUCAAGGCCAAGAAGACCAUCUUCAAGAUGUUUGUGGAGAAGGCCCGAGUGUCUCAGAAGAGCGACAGUGCGCCCUUCACAGAGGAAGAGUAUAACACACUUGCCCGACAUGAUCUCAACGGCCGGCAGAUCAAGAAUACAGUCAUCAGGGCGCAGGCACUCGCGGUCAAUAAGGGUGAGCCGCUGUCCAUGGUGCACGUCAGACAGAUCUUGGAUGUCCAGGUCAAUUUUGACCGUGACUUGAAGGGUGGCACGGGAUAUCAGGACGCCAUGAGGAGCUACUUCUAG